GCCACAAGGAGAUGUUGGAGAACUGGGCGCUGCAUGCGGACAAGGUGGGCCUGGGCGGGCACUACAUCAUCUUUGCUGCGGAGAAGCAGUGCUUCGACUAUGCCAACCAGAAGUGGCCGGGGCAGGCACUGCGCCUGGACUUAGAGGACCAGUUGGUGAAGGAGGAUGGACAUGUGGACCUGUCCCAAGAGAUCGGAUACCAUUCCGCGGGAUUCCUCCGAGUGACCUCCCGCAGGGCCGUCUACAUCCUGCACCUCCUCGCCUUUGGCUUCUCCGUCCUCUACUCCGAUGUCGACCUUGCUCUCCUGCAAAACCCCCUCCCUUACUUCGCUCCCUUCUCCUCCUCUCCCUCCUCCUCUCCCCCCUCCUCUCCCUCCUCCGCCGCCUCCUCCUCCGCCACCCCUUCACCAGACUCCGCCUCGCCUCCUGCUGCUGCCCUGCCGAAAGAGUUCGACGUGUUCAUCACCGCAGAUCAAGCCUGGACGGACGGCCCAGAUCACACCAUCAGUCUGGCCGAGCCAGGGCUGCCAGAGAUCAUGUGCUCCUGCUUCCUCUUCUUCCGCCCCACCUUGGGAGCCAAGGCCCUUGCCUCCGUGUGGGCAUACAACAUGGUGGUGAAAGGGAAUAAGAUCGGCAACGACCAGCACCAUCUACUCCAUGUCAUGAAGCUGAUGAGAGACGCGGGGAUUGAGGCGAAUAUCGGCGUGCUGCCCGGGAAAAAAUUCCCGUCGGGCGAG